AUGGACGUACACUUACUGACGUAUGACCUGUCUGGCGGCCUUGCCCGCCAGAUGUCCAUGUCCUUUCUGGGAUUCCAGCUGGAUGCCAUCUACCACACAUCGAUAGAGCUGGACGGCGUGGAGUAUGUCUACGAUGGCGGUAUCAACACCAUCAAGCCAGGAAGCUCACACCUAGGCCGCCCGAUGGAGCGACUGCACCUAGGAACCACAGAGCUGCCCAUCGAAGUUAUUCUGGAAUAUGUGGACUCGCUUCGCAGCAUAUUCACCCCAGCAGCCUACGACUUGUUUAGACAUAACUGCAACAACUUCAGUAACGACUUCGCCACGUUUUUGGUCGGAAAGAGCAUACCAGCACAUAUCAGCAACAUGCCGCAAGCUGUUUUGGAUUCACCGUUUGGGAAGAUGCUGCAGCCACAGCUGGAAUCUAUGGUGCAGACCAGAAAGGCACAACAAGGCGGCCUCCUGGGCAUCCAGAGUGACCCCCGAAGUCAACCUACCGCAUCUUCAGCCAAGCCCGUCGCUCAAGCGAAUGGACAUUCACCCACGCCAGGAGUCGUCAGGAAUGUUUCCAAUCUGCAAGACUUGAACGUUUUGCUGGAAGGUGCACAACGGUCCUGUGCCGUCGUCUUCUUCACAUCGGCUACGUGCCCCCCGUGCAAGAUACUGUACCCGCUUUAUGACCAGUUGGCGGCCGAAAUGGGCGAUCAAGUGACUUUGAUCAAGGUUGACAUAUCUCAAGCCUUCGACAUUGGACAGCGUUACGGCGUCCGAGCAACACCCACGUUCGCUACGUUCUUGCAAGGGAAAGAACAGGAACGAUGGUCCGGUGCCGAUUCAGCCCGUCUGCGUAGUACUGUACGAUUGCUCGUGGACAUGGCCCACCCCAGACAUCCUCAUGAGUCGUUACGAUUGCCGCACUUUGCGGACCCCCGGGUCAAGCUCGUGUCCUAUACAAAGAUGCCACCUCUGGAGAAGCUAGUUGCAAAGAUGGCAACCGCGGAACCUGCCGUCGUUGGCGUCAAGAACUUCAUCGAGACGAGGGAGAAGAACGGACCAGCACAAAGCACUCUUCCUGAAAUGCAAGGCUUUUCGGCUUUCUUGCGCAACGCGGUAACAGAGCUCCCAGUGGAUGUCAUGUUUGCAGUUGUAGACCUAUUCAGGUGUGCACUGAUCGAUCCGAGGGUCAGUGGCUACUACGCCGAGGAAGUCGAACAUAGGACUGUUGCCACACUGCUGAACUUUGUCAACUCACUGGGGACUGGCUGCCCUUACGCCUUGCGACUGGUCACUCUCCAAAUGGCCUGCAACCUCUUCACAAGUCCAUUAUAUCCGGAGCAGAUAUUGGCCCACUCAGUUUUGCGAGAUCCGGUUAUUCAGCUGGUGUCCACGAGCUUCCUUGAUGAUAGCCAUAACAACGUGCGGGUGGCGGCUGCUUCUCUACUGUUCAAUAUCGCAGUUUCCAAUAAUAAGACAAGAGAUUCUUCGGAAUAUCUACCGGAGUCGGACCAGGUGGAACUGGCUGCAUCUGUCCUGGAAGCGAUAACACAAGAGUCGUCCUCAUCUGAAGCUCUACAAGGCAUGCUUCUAGCUCUGGGGUAUCUCGUAUAUCGUGUGCCCAUGGAGAGCGAGUUGGUAGAUCUCCUGAGGACCAUGGAUGCCCAGGACACGGUGUUGGCCAAAGCCAAAGAUUUUCCGAAGGAAGACCUCGUCAAAGAAGUUGGCUCAGAAUUACUUGCCAAGGGCCUGAGAAGAAAGUAG